AUGGCGGACCCUUACCCCUUCAAGGACAUGGUCAUCGCGGUGACGGGCGCCAGCCGCGGCACGGGUCUUGCCCUGGCUCGUUACCUCCUCAUCCGCGGCGCCAAGGUGUCCAUGUGCGCCACCACAGCGGAGAACCUCGCCAAGGCGCUGGAAGGCAUCGAGAAGGACAUUCCCGAUGUCAAGGGCAGAGUCAUGACCAAGGUCGUCGACAUCCAGGAGCAUGACAUGGUCAAGGUCUGGAUCGAUGAGACUGUCGAAAAGUUUGGCAAGCUGGACGGGGCGGCAAAUGUUGCUGCCCGUGAGCAACGAGAGAUCUUUCCCAUUACGGACCUACCCAAGGAGUACUUCAAGGAAAUCCUCGUAACCAAUGUCUUUGGCACCUUCCUUUGCAUGAAGGAGGAGAUGCGCAACAUGAAGGACGGCGGCAGCAUCGUCAACGUCGGCAGCAUCACGAGCAACUACGCCUCGGCGGGCGUCUCAGCCUACGUCUCCAGCAAGCAUGCUCUUCUAGGCAUAACCAAGGUGGCCGCAUUCGAGGGUGCGAAUAGAGGCAUCCGCGUGAACGCCCUGUGUCCGGGCUGCAUCGACACGGACAUGAUGCACAAGCCGUUCAACAGCCCUAGCGGGCAAUUCUGGCUUACCGCGGAGGACCAGCCGUGCCUGACUAGACGUCUGGCCGAACCCUGGGAGGUUGCGGCGUCGAUCGCAUUUCUACUCGGGCCGGAGGGGAGGUUCGUCAAUAAAGCCACAUGGUACGUUGAUGGCGGGUGGACCGAGGGAAGCUUCAGCAAGCAGUAG